AUGAAAAUAUUGGACUAUAUUAACACAAUGACCAUAACGGAACAAUUUAAGGCCCUAGAUUACCCAAACACAAUACGCCAUGGGGUUAAUUGUACGGUUCGAACACCUCGAGCGUUUAAAUUGGGGUUGACUAAACCGGGACAAUAUGUUAAUUGCAAUGAGAUUACACCCAUUCGCUACUCACUAAGCAAUGAAUACUAUUGUAUGACAUUAUUCUCGCGUAUAAACGGCGAACCCAUCGAUAGGUAUGAAAUUGUUAACAAACCCACAAAACGAAAACACGGCGACUAUUUGGUGAACCUAUCGAAUAACACGGUUAUUUUGUUGCCUGAGCCGUACCGGUCGGCAUGUAUCGACCGCCUGGCCGGUCAAUCAGCGGCCGAUUGCAUAGUCCAGUGUCUAAUCAAUACACAGGUUAAUCGCACCGGUAAUUAUCCGUACGAUUAUCUGACUUAUGAUAACACUUCUGGUCUGCGUUUCCGGUCCUAUGAUGGCAAACGAAAGUCGUCACACAUUAUCGAUAAAUGUUACAAAAUAUGUGGCGGUAAUCAGGAAUGCUAUCGCGAAUACUAUCAAAUUGUUCGGGAAAACAAGUACGAAGACUGGACACCUGGCAACGCUACCGCCGAUAAUGAUGAAUACGCUAAUAACUAUAAAAACCUAUCAAUGGAUUUUAGGUUUAUGUUACCAACACUGCCGGCCCUCUCAUACCGAAUGCAACCAAAGUUUUCAUUCGGCGAAUACCUGUUGUUUAUCGGAAGUAUUUUUAGCUUAUGGUUUGGCCUAUCGGUGCUCUCUGUGGGCGGUCUAGUGGUCUCGUGUGCGGCCAAUGCACACAAAAGUCGCAUUAGUCAUGUGUUUAAAGUUCAUGCGGUCAGAAAUGUUAUGAAGGUAGAAUUUUUAAAUGACGAGGUAUAUGAACAAGUGAUCAAGGGCAAACACCAUGCUGAUUCUGAGGCCGAAGACACAAUGAUCGCCAACUAUCUCAACAACAUGACAAUCCAGGAUCAAUUUAACUCGUUGAAAUAUCCCAACGAUAUACUACAGGGUCUCAACUGUACGGUACGGCGACCGCUAGCGUUCAAACCGGGCGCCGAGGGGUCAUACGAAAGGUCGUACGUGAAUUGCGCCGACAUUGCGCCCGUUAUCUACUCGCUAAGUGACGAAUACUAUUGUGUGACGCUAUUCACGCGCUUCAACGCCGAACCGGACGAGGGGUACGAAAUUGCAAACAAACCCACUAAACGCAGGUCACGUGACUAUUUAGUGGCCGUCACCAACAAUACCAUGGGCUCAGAUGUGACUGUACACAUACUGGCCAACACCGAUCGGCUAAACAAACCCGAACAGGAGCGGUCCAACCUGCUUGGCGCUGGGUAUGGUAAAAUACUCAUCGAGUACCAAUUGACCAAGGUAGAGUUGUUACCUAAACCCUUUCAAUCGGCCUGCCUGGAGCGUCAGCACGUUUUGAGCCAGGGCGAUUGCGUGGCCGCCUGUCAGAUCAGGGGCCACAUUACAAGCUCAGGUGUCUAUCCGUACCGUUUUCUGGCCUACGAGCGUAACUCAACGCUACGGUUGGCCGACAACCGACUGCCGCCACAAAUACGUGAGAGAUGUCAUGAAGAGUGCGGCCAAAGGCAAGACUGUUAUCGCGAGUACUAUCAGAUUGUGAGGCAAAAUAAUUACGACCCUGUGCCGUUAAAUACAAAUGGUACCCAAGACCCCAGGCCAAUUGAUAUAUGGUUUGUAUUCCCAACAUUACCCGUGUUGUUUUAUAAAAUGCAGCCCAAAUUGUAUCUUGAAAUGUCUGUUAAAUACGAUUUCACGGGUAAAGUAGUGUUGAUAACGGGCUCGAGUUCGGGCAUCGGUGCGGCCACUGCUGUCCAGUUUGCCAAAGCCGGCGCUCAAGUGGUGGUCACCGGUCGUCGGGCCGACAAACUCGCAGAAGUGGGUAAACAAUGUCUGAAAGUAUCGCCAAAAGGGAUUAAAGCACUGGAAGUGACGGCAGAUGUGACCAAACGGGAAGACAUGCGACGACUGGUCGACCAGACUAUCAAACAUUUCGGUAAACUUGAUAUUCUCGUCAAUAACGCCGGCGCCUCUAUUGUUGCAAAACCUGAUGAUAAGCAGUAUUACGAGAUAUUCGAGAAAGUAAUGGCAAUUAAUCUCAAUUCUGUGGUCUAUUUAACGCAUAUAUGUGUCGAGCAUUUGGAGAAAACUAAGGGAAAUAUCGUUAAUAUUUCGAGUGUCGGCUCAAUGAGAACCGUACCAGGAUUUUCGCCAUACAAUGUGGCGAAGUGUGCUCUCGAUAUGUUCACCCGUUGUAUGGCAGCCGAGUUGGGACCCAAACGCAUCCGAGUUAAUGUUAUUAACCCUGGUCCAAUACGUACUGGGUUUGCCGAGGCAAUGGGGUUGACCAAGGACGUAUCGGAUGUUAUUUUUAAUGCAUACGACAAACUUGUGCCAAUUGGUCGGUGUGGUUUUGGUGAUGAUGUGGCCGAUAAUGUGCUAUACCUGUAG